GAUGAUGAUGGUGAUGUUUCUAUUGUAUCUGUACUCGUUUUGGGAUGAUCAUCAUCAUCAUCAUCAUCAUGGGAAAUCGUUUCAUGAUGAUGAGUUUUCUUUUUGCGUUCUUUUCUCUCUUUUUCUUCCUUAUGAAGUUUUUUCUUUCUUUUUCUUUCUUCCUUUUUCUUUCUUUUCUCCUCAUCAUGUUUGCUAUCAGCCUUGAUGAUUGGAUCAUCUUGUCGAGUAUCUAUCAUACAUUUGGAACAAGAAAUCAAAAAAUACAAAAUAAUGAAUGACUUUAGAAAGAAAA